GUAAAUUGCUUAAGUUUAGUGAAAACUAGAUGUUAGAUGUAAUUUGUAAAUCCUAUAAAUGAUAUUUUUUUUUAAUUUUUCUAUUAUUUUUUAGCUUUUUUAUUUCCGAAUUUCAUCUACUCCAAUCUGCUCAAGAAUUUAAACCUUCCUUUCAUCAAAAUUCAUUUGAAGUUGUUCUAGAGCUGAGAUAAAUAUUUCAUUAUGUCCCAACAGCGGGAUGUUAUCGAACAGAAGCAAGGACAUAAUAAGAUUCUCCGGAUAAGAGGUGACAGCGAAACAAAUUUGGAUGAUCUUUUCAACGCUGUUAUGCAUCCGAAAGGAAAUCAAGCCCAUCAAAGUAAACCGAUGCGAUCUCGUAAUUUGCCCAAAUCAUUUUUUCAACAACCCGAGCGCGGAUCGAAAUCGGCGUCUCAUAGUCGAGAAUCUAGUACCGAUAAUACUUUUUCCAGUCCUCCACCCCAACAAGUACCACAAAGUAACAAUAAUAACAACAAUAGAAGUGCAGCUAGUCCUGGUAUUUCAAAUAGCAAUAAUGCAGUCAGUCCUCCGCCAGCUCAUCCAAAUGGAUUAGUUAUAAAUCAUCCACGAGCACAUUCAUCACCAGCUUCGCUUCAACAAACUUAUAAUGCAGCUCAACAUCAACAUUUGCGUCAACAGAGUUAUGAUAUCACCGACAUUAUACCAAUGCCAGCUGGUUGGGAAAUGGCCAGAACAGAAAAUGGACAAAGAUAUUUCUUAAACCAUUUAACUAAAACUACUACAUGGGAAGAUCCUCGUAAAAACUUGAGCACUGGUUCUCUCUCAAGUUCAUCAGGUGUCACCUCUUUAAGUCCAAGUACAAGUCCAGCUUCAUCUCUUAUCAAUUUGCAGUUAGUAAAUAAUUUAGCUCAAGGUCCUUUGCCUGAUGGUUGGGAACAAGCUACCACUCCGGAUAAUGAGAUAUACUAUAUCAAUCACAGAACCCAAACCACCAGCUGGUACGAUCCUAGAUUGCCUCCCCAGUUGCAGAAUACACCUGUUGUGCCAAUCUUAGGUUAUGGAGCUCAUAGUCAAAGUGUCUUAGGGCUAUCAUCUCAACAAUCUCAGGCUUCUGCUGCAUCUGUGACAACUUCUUUGACUGCUGCCAGUAAUCAAACUUUGCAGCAACAACAGCAGCAAUUACGACUUCAAAGGCUACAAAUGGAGCGUGAACGACUGCGUUUAAGACAACAAGAAAUAUUGAGAAACUCAAAUUUAGGAAAUUCAAGUCCAACACUCAAUGAAUAUCUUAUGAGAAAAACAUUGCAAGAAGAAGGUGUUGCUAAUUCAUCCUCAUCAAAUAGACACACUGAUGCAUCUCAAUCUAAUUCAACUAAUCUAGACCCCUUUAUAAGUGCUGAUGCCGAUUUUCAUUCCCGCCAAGAGAGCGGUGAUAGUGGUUUAGGAUUGAGUUCUAAUUACAGUUUACCCAACACUCCUGAAGAUUAUUUGAUGGGCAUGGAUGAAGGAACAGAAGAUGUACUACUUGAUAUUGCUGAGUUGAACUUAGAACCUAUACCUGGUGGAGCUUUAGACAUGGUUCCUGAAAACAUGGAUUCUGAUGAUUUGGAACCAAGCUUACAUGAGGAAUUGAAUCCAGAUAUUUUGUCAGACGUUGAAGCACUUCUCAACAAGGAAUCUGUUAUGAAAUGGUUGUAAACAAACAAGUUUUUCACAAUAAUGGAAAUUCAUUUUUAGAAAGAACUUGUUUCUUUUAUACAAGACGCAUUGAACAAUUUUCUGAUUUCUUUGUUUUAAAAAUUGUGGACUGUUCUUAUUAUGUAUUUCUUUUUAUUAUUAGUCUAAAGGUCCAGGUGUAUUUAGAAAUUAGUUAUUUUUCUCUCAAUUAUAAAUUUUAAUUUUUCUAUACAAAAUGUUGAAAGUUAAUAGUACUUUGAAAUUUUGUGUUACUUGAAAUUUUAAUCUUUUAUAUUUUAAAACGUACUGUUGAAGUUUCUGUUUUAAUGCUGUGAGUUAUUUAAAUGUGCACAGCUUAAUAAUAUUAUUAGCAUGAGCAAAAUUAAAAAUGUUUUUAACACUUAUAUUUAUUUAUUAAUGUUCAAUUUAAUAUUUGAAAUUUAAUCAAUAUUCAAAUAAAACUACCAGUGUUAAGUUUACUUUUGUUACAUAGUUUGACAUACUGAAUCAUAGUUCAUAAUCUUUCUAACAGCAUUUUUAAAAAAAAUAAUAACUAUUAUAAAUACCUUAGUGUAAUAUUUAUUGAAUUGAUAUUUAUUUUUUGUUUGAUUUGCUGAGUAUUUAGAAAUUAUGAUUUGUUUAUAACAAAACAUAAUAAUUCAUAAAUUAAUUGUAACUGUUUACUUAAAUCAAUUACAAUUAUUUCAAUCUUCUUUUUUUUUAAUCAGCUAAAUUUUUUUAUGAAAAAAAUUAUUGAUUUAAAUCAACUGAUUGAAGAAAAAAAACAUUGAUGUUUAUGGAAGGCAUUUUAAUAUAAGAUUGUUUAAUUUUGUUGAUUUUCAUAGUUUUAAGUUAUAUUCUAGGGCAUUAUAAAUUUUCAACUACUAAAACUGCAUUUGUAUUUAGUGCAUAAUAAAAACCAGCACUUUUGAAAUGACAUUUUAAAAAUCUUAUAAUAAUGUCUUUAGAUUUUAUGCAGAUUUAUUUGUGUAAUUGUAAAAAGUAGUUUUUGAAUAUUGAAUUUUCUACAAAAAAAGCUGGAUAGCUAUGUAUUCAUACCUUUAAAGCAUUAAAAGGAAAUAAUUCUAAUUUGGCAUAAAUAUGCAAAGACUAAUUCAGAUAGACUUUUUCUUAUAGUAAUAUUUUUUUAAAUUAUAAAUUGGUAAGUUAUAAAUUAUUCUAUUUAAAAAUAUAUUUGAAUCUACAAUUAAAGUAAGUGCCUGCUCAUAUUUAAAAAAAAAAAAAACAAUCUUGUCAUUUCUGAAGUUAGAAAGAAAGGUACUCAACAAAUAUAAAGUAAUUAUAUUAAUUGUCUAUUUUUCAGUAAUUAAAAGAACAAAUCCUGAAUAUUAGUAAAGCUUCUUUAGUAGAAGGGUAUAUCAAAUAUUUCAUUAAUAAAGAAUAUAAGUGCUUUAAACUCUUUGUUAUUGUUGAUAUUACUUGGUGUCCUAUGCCAGAAAGGUUAGUAGGGGAAAAAAACUGAUUCUUCUUGAGUUAGUCUUCUAUUGUGCCUUUUUAUCAGUGCCUUAAAAGAAAUGUUUUAAAUUUUUUAAUAUGUUCAUAAGUUUUACUAUAUUUAAUUUAUUAAAUGUUUUAUGCAUAUAAUUUUCCACUAUGAAAAAAACUUGGAACAUUUAUUUUUCAUCUUGAGAAGCACUUCAUUUGCGACAACUGUUUUAAGUGAAAGUGUUGUGCCAUUUCAUUAUUUUGUGUAUUGUUUGUUUUUGUGUAUUUUAAUAGAACUGUGUUUUUUGUCAUUUAUAUAUGAGAUAAAAAUUGAUAAUCAUGAUUUACACAGAUUUAAAAUUCAUCCCAACUGAUGUGUUUGUGAGAAUGGUUAUGGAGGAUCAAAGCAUAAAUCAUUCUUAUGUAAGUUAAAAGUUGUCUUUUUCUUUACUGAUCAGGUAUUUUUGAAUCGUUUGUAAUAUUAAAACAGCUGAAUUAAGAAUUUCUUUCAUUUUUCUAUGUUAUGCAACUUUUAAAAAAAUUAUUAAGUGUUUCAAUCAAGUGCCUUUAUAAACAUCUAAAGUAUGACUUCAUAUUUUUAUAGUAUUUUGAUUAUUCCACUCUACAAGGAAAAAAUUUUCACCGCUUUCUCUCCUUCUCUGUGUAAAAUUAUUGAUGUGAUUAAAAUCUUAUAUUGCUUGCUGCAACUGCAAGUAAUCCAAGAUUAGAUGACAAAUCGUAAAACAGGCUGUUCAAUCUUGUCACAUGUUUCUCAUUUGAUGUAAAAUGCCUGAAGUGCGAAAGAUUCUUUAGUCUUUAUUUUAUGAUCUGAAGGUAUGAAAUCUCACGUGAAGACAAGAUUACUUGAACAUGUUUUUGUUUUUCCCCUUCAUUUAAUGCUUAUCAUUUUGUAUUAUUUGCCAUAUUUUUCUCAUUUUACCCUUUAUAGAUUUUUGAAACCCAUGCCAUAUUUCAUUUGUGUCAGUAGCUCGUGCCAAACAAACACUGCCCAGUGUUUGAUUUUAGCUCGCAUUUCAUUUGGUCAUAAAUAUUUAUCGUGUAUUAGGGAUGCUUAAAUAUGAUUUUAAAUUAUAAAAUUUCAAGAUAUAAUGGAGAAAUUUGAAUUAGCAUUCUGCUUAGAAAAUAAAUGUCUGGUAUAUAACUAAUGGAGAAAUUAAAUUUCUUUACGAUAUACAUUUAUCCAAUCGUGAAUGAAAUUAAACAUUUCCAUGAGAUACUUCCCUAUGUAAAUAAUUCACCCUCCUAGAAUAGUCAUAAUCAGAUACUUAUUUUAAAACGAAAUCACGCAAAUAAGCACUUGCCAAACCAUAAUUUCAAUAUUUAAAGUAAAAGAUAAUUUUUGGUAAUAAUUAUUUUUUAUGUAUUAAAGAGAAAUAAACUGAUAGGCUCUAAUUUAAGUAUCCCUGCUACAUUUCAUUUGCAUUAUUCAUUUAUCAUCAUUACCCAAUGCCAUAUAGUAAUAUGCAUUUAAUUGUUUAUUGUACUUUGAAUAUUGAAUCAUUAAUGUUAAUCUUUUUCUGUUUGCUAAAAUGUCACAUCAUUUGCUGUUGAUCUUAUAUUUCCAAGCACAGCAAUUUUUACUAUGGAUAAGAGAAAGCUAAUCAUCAAAAUUGUCAUCAAUUACUCUUUUUGUAUAAACUCAAAUUUGUGGAAUAAUAAAAUUUUAUUCAGACAA